GGAGGUUGUAUGCACAUAAUGACAUAGAUUUUUUGACACCUGGGGAAUUUUUAUGGAAUCUGAACCAAGCAAAGGUGGAAGGAAGUGGGAAGAAUACCACCUGGGAAACUUUAAGGGUUCAGAGACCACAGACUUCCCAUAUGCAUACAAAACCUCAAGUAGCAUUCAUGACUGUUGUAAGCAUUGCCUGAGGGUCAGGAACACAUCAAACCAAGGUUUUAUUCCAGUGGUUUUGAGGUUUGAGAGUGACAUUACACUGGAGAAGCACUGUGAUGGAUACGUCCUAUUAGCAUGUCUAUUUUACUUCUGGGAUGAGAAGACUAAGUUACCGUAUUGUUACAUAUUUCUCCUCUCACUGUCAGCAUUCCUGCUGCUCAGAUCACACCUGGGACCCUCUCGCCGACCCCUUUCAAGAUUUCUGGGGAGAGAUGAAAACACUUUGAGCGAAACAGGAAGUUCAGCAAGUCAAAACAUUGUCUCUGGUUGGGGUUAUCCAUUUGUCAGGCGUGCAUGUUUUUACCUGUGCUGGCAUUCAGGAGGUCCAACGCAGCCGAGCGCGGCGGGUGAGAAAGGAAGGGAAGCAGAACUUGCCAGCAGCACUGCUCAGCCAGGAGAUGAAAUGGGUGAGCUCCUGCAGCACACAGGAGCAGGUAUGCUAGCUAGGGCUGAGCAACACUUAACACCUUCAGGGAAAAGCAGAAAGUACCUUUCAAAUGGCAGAGUGAAAUGUUUGACUAGAUCACCUCAUCUAGAGCUGCCCGGGAGUCCUCUGGUUGAACCAUUGCCCAUCAAAGCUCUCAUGGCUGGUGUGGUCAUGAAAUAUUUUGGAGAGAAAGUUUAUCUGUGUCCACAUAAAAGAUGGGAAAGAAACCAUCCGUGAGCCCUGCAGUCCACAGGAACAUGACUUUUGGGCCAGACUGUUUUGGCAUAAACACUGAAAAUCUUUUAAAAAGUAAUAUCCUGUCACUUUUGCACUUCCAUUAUAUUAAACUGAUUUUCUUUACUCACAGUGGGAUUUCAAAUUAAUUUGUAAUUAUACACACCAUGAGGGGAUGAGAAAAAAUGACCUAAUUAUAGACCAAAAGGAUGCCCUACAGCUAUCAUCCAAUUACUCCAACCAUCUGAGCUCUUAAGCAAAAUGAUGGGUUUAAUCCUUCCUUGGUCACAUCUAGUUGUAAUUUGCCACUGAAAGCUAUAAAUUCACUUUCAAUAUUCAUUCCCAUUUUAUAAAACUCCCUACUAAUAUAACUUAGGAUAGAAACAGACAAUGAGAAUGGGUCACAAUUGCAGAUAUCCAUCUAGACUUUGGUCUAGCCCACAUGCUCUGUGAGAAUUGAGUGAGGAAGAAAAUCGUGGCAUCUCUGCUGUGUCACUCAAACAGUAAUAAUCAGCUACAAUCAGGCAGAUAGAAAACUUUUAAAGUAAUAGAAACACCAGAAAUGCCCAUUAACAAGUGCCCAUUAACAACCUCCCAAUUUCAGCCUUAACUUUCAGUACAGGCUGAAGAGUUCAUGAAGAGCAACAGUUGUACAGAUGUACUCAUUUUAAUAGUGUUUGCACUAAAAUCUUACAAUAGAACAGGAAUAACAAUUAAGGUGAAGGAAGGGACCUGAUACA